AUGUUCAGCUGGGGAGGUGGUCUGGCCGUACCAAGCUUCUACGUUAACUUGGAAGAGGAGCGUGAGCCGCCUCCGUUACCAACUACAGUCCAAUUCCCGGAAUAUGGCAGGUUGAAUUCAUACGGACCUCAUGAUGAGAAGGGCUGUGAUGUACUCUAUCGCUUGCUGGCCGGUGCCAAAAAACCCCAAGAUAUUACAGAUGAAUAUCUAGCGGCGUUUAAUAUUAAGGUGGUACCUGAUGUUGAUGCUUCCAGGAUUGUGCCAGACCAUGAUCAGAACCCUAAACCUCCCUACCAAUGGCCAAAUUAUAGUCCCGGGGAGGGCGAAGAAAAACUGGACGCAACCAUUGAUGCUCCGAUCUUCUUGAGCAAUGGAGCUCCCUUUCCUGACAAAAGCAAACAUAAUCUCUUAAAGGAGGAGCUGUUGUUUGACAAUGACGAUGCAUUCCGCUCCCUUGCACGUGUUGAACCGCCACCAGGGCGUAAGAAUCCUCGGAUUGCGCAUGCGAGGAAGUUCUGGACCGCAUUACAACAAGCUGCUCAAUAUUGGGAUACUAGCCAUGACAACUAUUAUGAGAUUAGUACUGAAAACGACUCUGGCUGUGCUGCUACGGAUCCUACGAUAGCCAAUAGUCACGGAAAGGGUGUAGCCUCGGGUGUAGCCCCAGACAAUGUAUUAGGUAGCAGGAUGGAUGUCGAUAAUAGAUAUAGCUAUAAUCAGUCGCCAGUCACUAUACCCCAAAUGAAGCUGAGAAUCCCGAGUGGUAACCGACGCUACAAGGGUCGAAGAAUUGGUACAGGAACGGAUAUGCCUGACUCGGUUCGAGAAGAUAUCCUACGUGGUCUCGUGGAAAUGGUAGCUUGGUCACUUGGCUGCCAGAUUAAAUUGCCAACAAUGCCGCCUCGUCUCGCUGUCAAAGAUCUUUUGUUCCCCGUGCGCCAGAGCUUUAACGUCUCACGUAUUCCACAGGAUAGACAAGAAGCACGGAAACGCAUUCUUGAAGGCCCAGUACUUGUUGCCCAGUGUCGAGCCGAAACACAGUUCUAUGACAACGCUACCGAACAAAGAUAUGUCGAGAAAUGUGAUGUCUUACGUGAAACAGCAGGCAUGCUUCUACUAGCUCAAGAAAGAGCGCGAGAAAACAAAACUGAAGUCAAACCUGGGGAUGGAAAAUGGUGGGCCACAACGCCUCGGUGGGGAGGCCUCCCGAACAACGGCCCGGUUGGCGAGCCAAUUCGAACUAGCCCAGAGGAGCUGGCUGAGCCUGCGCCUUCAAGUUCGCCAGUGGACCCUGAAGCCACCGCAAACAAACGGACAAAACACGACAGGUCGACUAUUUCAUUUCGACGAGGCUUAGGGCCGAAUAGAAAGGUCUCUAUGGUAGAGAAAUGGAAAACUGUUCAGCCUGGCCCAGGUUUGUGGGAUAAGAAGAUGAAAUAUGUAAAGAUAGGAGCUGAUGUUGACAGCCCGUUUGAUGAUGUCUUCAUGGUCUCGUCAAUCAACCAUCAUUUCUCUAUCAUUCACCUCAGAGUCUAUGACCAGUACCUUCAAUGGCUUGAAACGGGGAAAGCGGAUUCUGUCAAUACAGAUGCAGGCUUAGGCUCAGAUGCUGACCCAGAGUCAUCACAAUGGCGAUCCCUGGUGCUUCGCCGAACGCGCUGGUUUGAUUUCUUUAACGCCACGGAUCGUUCGGAAGGGUUUGACGGACUCUGGGCCGUGCUUACGCAUAUGAUGAGAUAG